AUGUCUUUAAACAUUCGGGGGGUUGUCGGCCCGGAGAAAUCUACCUGGGUCAAGCGGUUAAAGAAAGAUUUUAAGUUCUGGAUUCUGGCUCUGCAAGAAACCCAUCAAGUUGGUAUUUCGGAGGAAUUCUGGAGAAAAUUCUGGGAUCGGUCUUCCUUGUCGGCUGUGUCAGUGGAUGCCGUUGGUAGAUCUGGUGGCCUGGCUUUUUUAUGGGAUCCGGAUCUUUUCAAGGUGGAUAAGGUUCUGAAAGGCCAAAGGUUCAUUGUCGUUUCGGGGUUUAUGUGUGGUGUGGAGGAUAGAAUCAACUUUUUGAAUAUCUAUGCUCCAAAUGAUACCGGGGAGAGAACCCGGUUCUGGGGAAUUUUGGAAGAUAUUAGAUCCCAGCUCGAUGGUAUGUGUCUUAUGGCCGGUGAUUUUAAUGAGGUCCGCUGCCCAGAAGACAGACUUAAUUCUGCUUUUGAUAAGAACGCGGCGGCUAACUUCAAUGAUUCUAUCCUUCGAAUGGGUCUGCUAGAGUACGAGAUGACUGGGGGUAAGUUCACUUAUGUUUCCAGCAAUGAGGAGAUAAAGAUGAGCAAGCUAGACAGAAUUCUGGUGUGUCAGAAAGUGCUGAGUUGCUGGCCCUAUGCUUAG